GCUGUAACUCUGUUCCUGAAGACAUCUGAGUGUGGUGACUCCGGCUUCAGUCCACUCCUUGUGAAGCUCUCCCAAGUUCUUGAAUCUGCUUUUCCUGACAAUCUUAAACAUCUCCUUAAACAUCAUAGAUCACAUGAAAAUAAUAAUAAUAAUAAUAAUGAGUGUAAGUAGACUUAACAAUGUGAAUAAAUAUUGAUUAAAUAUUUCAUAUUUUAUUUCAUAUUUUAUACAACUUUAGAAGUUUGUUUAGAAAUCUAUUAUUUAUCCCUAAACUAUGUAAGUUAUAGUCCAAUACAAAAGAUGUUGUUACAACUUACUACUCCACUGCCAGAAUGCAACAUUAUCAAAUUAUAAUCAAAUAAUUAAUAUUAGUAUUUAUAAUAUUUUAAGGGAAGACACUACAGGCAAAACCACUGUUUGUUUCAGGCAUUAAAUUUUGCUUCCAUAACACUUCUUCUUUCAGACCAGUGGAUGUGGUAAGUGUUUAUUUUUAUUACACCCUAUUGGUUUGACGUCUUCAGAUUUUGAUUACAAUGCAUUUCUUCAAUAUUUUUUGCCUUCAAUCGGUUAGAAAACUUCAUCUGUGCUGAUAGCCUUGUGGGCAUUUGUCUGAUUUAUUUCAUAUUUAAUUAAAUAAAAAAAUAUUAAUUAUUACGCAGACAACCAGACAAACACUUAAUUAUGACCUAGAGCUCUAAUUUAUUAUCAAAACAAACUAACUCUGCAUUUCAGAUGAUAGGCUACUAGUCAUGUAACCUGUCCUAAACAAGACAGCAAAUUAGACUAUAAGAAUGAUAAAUUCUAUUUUUUUCCUUCUUUUGAUCUUAUCAUGUAAAUCGUUCAAGUUUGUACACAGAAACAUCUAGUGACACCUCAGGAGGGUGGUGCUCAUGUGUGACACUGACUCAUUUCUAGUUUAACUGACUUGUUUAACAUCAUUCACAGGUUUCCCGGAAUAGUUUUAAUUUCAAAUAAACUAAGGAUUCCCACACUGUUAACUGUUUCAUUCAAUUUCAGUUUGAGAAAACCAAAAGUAAAGCACAAUAAUGAAACUUACUUUACUAUGUGAGUAUAUGAUUGGUCUCCACCUUGGUCAUAUGAUUAACAAACAGUGGAAGUGUGUCUUUGUAAGCUAUAAUCAUAAGGAACUGAAAAGCAGUCCGUUUCAGUCAGAACUCAGACUUGCUAAAAACCGAGACAGAGAUGAUCAACUCCUCUCUCUAUAGUGACAAUGAUUUGUUACAGGACAGCUGGUCAUCUGGAGGGAACAUUGCAGCCUGUGUGAUCCUGGGGGUGUGUUUCCUGGUGGGCACACCUGGGAACCUGCUGGUGGUGUGGACCAUCCUGAAGCACGUGAAGCAGCGUUCACAUACAGUGCUUCUCAUCCUCCACCUGGCGGUCGCAGAUCUUCUGGUGCUGGUCACUCUGCCGCUGUGGAUCUACUCGCUGGCUCGCUCCUGGGUGUUUGGAGAGGCUGCCUGCAAAGCCAUGGUGUACAUCAUCUAUGCCUGUAUGUACAGCAGCGUCUUCAUCAUCACCGUCAUGAGUGUGGAGCGCUUCAUGGCUGUCAGAUACCCCUUAAAGAUGUUGUAUUGGCAAAACAGGAUGUCCUUGGCCAGAAUACUGCCAGUGAUCUGGAUCCUGUCAUUCCUUUUGGGGAUUCCUGUCAUCAUAUCCCAGUAUAUCGAUGAAGAAGAGGAUGGAUUGAAACAUUGCUUCUCCCGGACGUACAGCUCUUUGUUCUCUGAAGUCUUUUGUAUGUGUUUGGAGACUCUGCUCGGCUUCGUUAUUCCAUUUCUCACACUUGCGAUCUGCUACUGUCAGGUCGCCGUUCAUCUCCGAAAGGUGCGCUUUAAGACCAAGAAAACGGGCUUUCUCAUUUGUGGCGUGGUCGUGGCCUUCAUUGUGUGUUGGUUGCCUCACCACAUCCUCAAUGUCGUAGGGAUGGUGGUUCUUCUAGUAGGACAAUCAGAUGAAUGGUCUCAAAUACCAAACAGUGUUGUCUUCAUUUCUGGAGCGCUGGCAUUUAUCAGUAACUCAGUAAACCCAGUGCUGUAUGCGUUUGCGUCUAAAAACUUACAUGGAAGUCUGAAGAAGUCUGGGAUCGUGAAGCUGUUUCAGGACAUAACAACGCAAACACAGCAAGGCUUCUUACAGGAUUCUGGACAGCAGGAUGGAAAGAUCCUUGAAGACCUCAAUGGUGGUGAACAAGAGGGAUCUCACAGAUCUCUGAGUAACUGUUAGACUUAUUAGAAAUGUUUAUGUUUUCUUAGCUGUCAACUUUAUUUAAAUGCAAUAAUGUUUCUUCUUCUACUUGUUUAAAUGCCAUAAUAUUUCUGUUUGUUACUAGUCAAAAUUGUUUAAAUGACAUGAUAUUCAUCGGUUUUUGUGGUCAAAAUUUUAAAUGACACAACAUUUAGAUUUUUAACUGAUGAUACUUGUUUACAUUUUUACAACAUCUCAAAUAUUUGUGAUCAAAGUUGUUUAAAUGCCAUUACAUUUGAACUUGUUUACAUGAACUUUGCCAUAAUAGUUGAUUGUUUGGAAUUGUUAAAGUUGUUAAAAUGUCAUAAUGCUUAAUACAGAGGUGAAAACUGAUUUAAAAAUAAAUCAAUAAAAAGACUCACCCA